UGUGUCAGCUCUAAUGCGCGCCAUUCCAGCUGUUGGUAAAUCCGCAGAAAGAAUUGUUUAAUAUUUUUGUCUGAAUUAAAGUGUCAAUAGAUUGUUAAGUACCAAUUGGUAAAUUGUAGUGUUUAGCAUGUCCAGCGAAGCAAGUCUGUCCUCCAAAUGGACGCGUCCCGAUGAUUUUAUCAAGCUCCAGCGGCUUAAGCAAAAGAAGAACAAGUUAGCUGCUCGUGUUAGCAACAACAACAACAACAAGCGACCCGAUCUUCAAUUAGAUGAGACUGACAAGAGCAAACUACUUGAGGCCAAGUUGGCCCAAAAGCGAAAGAAUCCAUUUGCCAAGUCCACAGAUGGUGCCAAGAAGCUGCGAGUUGAUCUAGAAGUGUCGGAAAGCGAGCCCGUGGUCACCGCCUCCUCCUGUUUUGUGCGAGAAACGCCAACUCGUCCGCCGGCUGCAAAGUUCGUGCUCCAGAAGUAUGACCCACAAGCCUUUGCCAAGUUAUUUCAGCAGCCCCAAGCCAGUGCAGAGGAUGAAGAAGAUGCUGAUUUGGCUGCCCGACAGAAGCACACUGCCCACCUGCCCGUGGACUGGUGCCUGAAGACGCGAGCCCGAUUUUUCUGUCCCACAGAGCUGCCCGCCAUCCAGCUAAAGACCUCGCAACUGGCCAGCGGCCUAACCAGCUUCGUGCGCUGCAUGGAUCCGCAGCGGACGGAAAGCACGUUGGACAUCUCAGAUGCCACGCGGUUCAACCAGUGCACGUACUACUGGCAGCACCCGCAUCUGCCCUGGCUGACGCUCUUUCCGCGAACCUCAAAGGAAAACGUUGGCGUGGUCGUAGGCGAACGGGAGCGCAAGGCUCUGGCCGAGGAGUGGGACUACAGCUUUCGGGGACUGUUCCAGCUUUUGCGUGCCCGGCAGUGUCCCUACUUUUACCUGUGCGCCAAUACAUUUACCGUUCUAUUCCGAGCGGCCGGAGUGGGCGGUCGGGCAGAGAGCCAUGCUUUGGUCACACCAUCAACACGCGGAAUGCGUCAGGCCCUGCGGCAGGAGGGCAUUGAGUUUACCAUGCCGCUGAAGAGCGAAGCAACCGGAAACGCUCAGGACAACAGUUUCACCGAGGAGAGCACUAGCAGCUCUUUACCCCAAGAGGCAGGCGAGGAUGUGUCGGCACCUGCCGAGGAAGAUGAGGACGAAGACGAGGACUGGCUGGAAAGUUUGGGCGUAGACGAGAGAGAGCUACGUCGCAUACAGUCAUCGCAUGCCAGGAAACAGCAGGCUGCCGAGAUGCGUGAAGAUUUUAGUGAUAACUCACUUCUCCUCAUCGAUGGCGUUGAGUGCCAGGGAUUCUUCAGCUACCUUCUGAAUGCCAAGAGUGCCAUCAGUACAGUGGGUCGCCUGGCCGGGGUGCCACCCACUCUACUCUCCCCAGUGGCCUUUCCCAAGGCCACCAUGCAGCACUUGGUGCCGCGAUCCAAAAAGGUCCGCCUCGAUGGCGUCGACUACUUCAGCGUGGACAUCAAGGGUCUGAUCCUACCCACAUUCCUGCCCAGUGUGGCGGAGUUACUUUGCGAAACUCGUGAGAUGUUCAGCUCAACGUUGGCCAGCAGUAUCAACACGCUGGCCUUCAGCAAAGCCACCCAGAAGUUGCUGGAGAGCCCGGAGAUGCCCCAAUCGGAGGGUGAAGGAGAGGAUGCCGCCGGACAGGUCUUUGGCGAGCAGAAUCUAUCCGAGUGCGGCCUGCUGCCACAAGUAGUGGGCUCCAUCUGUCGCACUGGUCAGCAUGCCGUCGGUCUUCUAGAGCGAGUUUGUUUUCAAAGGGGCGAAGGAUAUGCCUGGAGCUAAGGAGCGAUCUGCUUUUGCUUAGGCAUCGCUCUAUAUGGCAGCUCGCCUUUUUGUCUUAGUCUUAAUUUGUAUGUUUUGUUGCACAGAAUAAAAUUGUCUACUAGCUAA